CAAGCGAGACUCGCGGAGCGACAGCCAGGCCGCGGCGCUUUACGGCAGCCUCUCGGCGAGGUUCUUCUUUCUUCCACGUGGAUCGCUCAGAAGGAGAGGAGAGAGUCGCGUCCGGCCGCCAUGAAGCGACCGAAGUUAAAGAAAGCUAGUAAGCGCAUGACCUGCCACAAACGGUAUAAAAUACAGAAAAAGGUACGAGAACACAAUAAAAAACUUCGAAAAGAAUCAAAGAAACAUAAACACAGGAAACCAAAGAAAGAUCCUGGAGUUCCCAAUACUGCCCCAUUUAAAGAAGAGAUUCUUCGGGAAGCUGAACAUAGGAAGCAACAGCGUGAAGAAUUGAAACAGAAGCAAAAACUUGCUCGUCAGAAGGAACUAGAAAAGAAACGCAACCAACAAGCAAAUAAAAAGGAUGCUGGUGAUAAGAAAUCAACUAUAAAGCAAAAAACGAAAUCUAACCAGCAGGUCCAAAAGAAUUCAAAGAAAUCAUUUUGUGAGGAGUUAAAAACGGUAAUUGAGGCUUCAGAUGUCAUACUUGAAAUCUUGGAUGCUAGAGAUCCUCUAGGCUGUAGAUGUCCACAGGUUGAACAACUUAUUGCUCAGUCUGAGGGAAGAAAAAAAAUACUUUUGAUUUUAAAUAAGAUUGAUCUGAUACCAAAAGAAAACUUAGAAAAUUGGUUAAAUUAUUUAAAUAAAGAUCUUCCAACUAUUGCUUUUAAAUCUGCAAUGCAGAUAAAAGACAGAACUGUGCAAGAGAAAAGAAAUACAAAGAAGAAUAGUGCAUACCUAGAAUUAUCAAGAGCAAACAAAUGCUUUGGAAGUGAAUGUCUCCUGAAACUUCUACAAGAAUAUAGUAUGACUAAAGAUGAAGUUAUACAGGUUGGGGUGAUAGGUUUUCCAAACGUGGGGAAAAGCAGCAUAAUCAAUAGUCUGAAAGAGGUACGCGCCUGCAACGUGGGACCAGAGAGAGGCCUAACAAAGUCCGUACAAGCAGUGCACAUUGACAAACGUAUCAAGAUGUUGGAUAGUCCCUGUAUACUUGCAGCACCUUCAUGCUCUGUUCUCGCUCUAGCACUGAGAAGCAUCACAUAUGCUGAAAACCUACUUGAUUCAGUAGAUGCUGUUCUGAAGCACUGUAGGAAACAGCAGAUCAUGUUACACUAUAAUAUCUCAGACUACAGGCAUUCUCUGGAAUUUUUAACUUUGCUCGCUCAAAAGAGAGGAAUGUUGAAAAAAGGUGGUCUUCCUGAUACAGAAGGUGCGGCUAAAUUACUGCUCUCUGACUGGACAGGUGCCAAAGUUCGUUACUAUUCUCGACCUCCUGAACCAUGGACUCUGUCUCCACAUCUUUCCAGGGAAGGAGUAGCAACAAUACAGGAGGGUUUUAAUUUUGAGGAAUUGGAAGAAGAUAACAAAACUACUGUAAAUGCUAACAAAUACCCUAACCAGGCAAGCACUAUUAUCUUCCAAUCUCCUGGCUUCACGGAUGGCAUUAUGGAAGAUAAUGAACAGCCAGAGGAAGCCCUGGAAUCAGAAAAGGCGGAAGAAAAUGAUGAAGAAUUAACUGAAGAAGAAAUUGAGGAUGAUGAAAGUGACCUUGAUGAUGUGGAAGAGGAAAGUGACAAAUUAAUGAGUAGUCAAACACCCUCUGAAGAAUUGAAAGCAAAGAAUGCAAACUUGGACAUGUUACCUACAGAUGAUAAACAACUCAAAACCAGUGACCUGGAUGAUGCCUAUGACUUCAAUACCGAUUACAUGUGAAGAAAAUAUUACAAAAUUCAAGUAUUUUUCACAUUCUGGAAUGCAUUCCUAAUCUGUUUUGCAGUUACUGAACACCAGACUCUUGUAAAUAUUUUGGAAGUAGCAGCUGAUAAGGAAAGAUGCUUUCUGAUGUAGUAAAUUUUGUUCAGUAAAUGCUUUGAUCAUAUGAACUAUAAGCAGAAGUAAAAUCAGUGUUUUACAAAAGCAGAAUGAAGCAACAAUUCAGACUGUAGCCUGUGUAGGGCUUGUGUUGAAUAAGUAUGGAUAACAAAGGACUUUCUAUUUUCCAAACUGGAAAAACCUGAGCUGCAUUGCGGAAAAUCCUAUGGUGGAAUGAAAAAUAUUUUUCUUGGGUUUUUUUUUCUUCUUCUUCCUACAAUAGUAAGCUUAGCACUAAAAUGAAAGUUGAAGCCAAUAAAGGGUAAAGGAACAGGUAAAAAUUGCUUCUUUCCUGAAUUAUGCAUUUUUCAUAAUUCUGUAGCCUCAGUUCCAUCUUAAUAAGGCAUAAUUAUGUUGUAUACAGGAAUACAUAAUGCAGGUUCCUGAGGAACCUAAUAUGUGUAAUUAGAAAAUAUAACCAAAAGUGCACAUAUAUUUGUGACGUCUUCCUGCUCAAUAUGUAAGUAGUGCAGCCAUAUAGAAUAUGCACUCUUAUAUGAAAUCCAGAAUUUUUUUUUAAAUGAUAUAAUUGCAUAUCUUUAUCUAAUUUUUCUUUGGAUGUAUAUACAGAGGCAAGAAUAUAACCUGUAAUGCAGUACAGCCAAAGCCCUUUCCCAUCCACUGUUUACUUCUAAUUGUUUCUGUUUUCAGCCACCAUUUCUUCUCAGAUGAAUAUAGACAUAAUGAGUAGAUUUACAAGGUUUACCUAAUUCCUGAUAAUUAGAAAGACAAAAGUGGUUCAGCCUUUUUUGAACAAGAAUCAUACUUAACUAUUGGAUGGCCCACCAGAGGUCACAUUCUUCUAUGUGACACAUAUAAUAUUUCUGUAAUCAAGAAGUUUCUCCUUCUGUUGCAUGGUAGUUUAGCAGCAACUUUUGGAGGAGGAACACUGGCUUCUACACCUCUGUUACUUUUCUUCGUAACAUCAAAAUUUACCUUUUCUUUUAAUUUGUGAACUUUUCUCCCAAAUUUCUAAUUCUUUUAAUGUGCAUCUCCCAAAUAGAUGCUUACGAAACUGAGUCCAUUUACUGGAAGAAGUAAUAUAUUUUAAGACAUUACUUUUUAUUACAAUUAUCAAAUGUAAAUCUGAACUUGCAUACAAACAAAUCAAGAUUUCUCCAUAAAUUCUCCAUGAAUUUGAAGAGGU